UAGGAGGAAUAGGUCAGUGGCUAUCAAGCAAGAUGAGGAGAAUAACAACUAGAAAUAAGUUAGCAGUAAUUAAAACUUGCUUGUACUUGAUUGAUUUGUUUUAUUGGAUCACUGGAGUUGUGCUGAUGUGCAUAGGGAUUUCUGCCCAAACAAAACUCCGUGACACUUUUGUGGUGAUCAACGAAGCUUCCUCUGGUGUUCCUGUGAUCAUCACCUUCGUUGGAGUCAUCGUUGUGUCCAUCUCUAGUUUUGGUGCAAUUGCUCUUAUGAAGUCCAAUCAUGCAAUGAUCAAAGUGGUAAACUGCAUGCUGCUAAUUAUCAUCUUGAUUGAAAUUGUAGUUGGCAUCUCUGCCUAUGCUUACAGAGAAAAGUUGCACCGUAACCUACUGGGAAGUGUCCUGAAGACCCUUGACGAAUAUGACAGAGAAUCCCAAAUAACCCGAGGUGUGGAUGACCUACAGAGGAAUUUUCAGUGCUGUGGUGCCCAGAACUACACUGACUGGCUCAACACUACGUAUGGAUAUCUCAAUUCUGCUGUUCCAAGUAGCUGCUGCAAGGCUGUAACGAGAAACUGUGGAAGGAAUCUAAGCAAAGACGCUUCUAACAUUAAUCAACAGGGAUGUGUUGAAAAGCUGAAGAAAUGGACUGAAGACCAUAUUGUAUUUAUUGGAGCUGUUGGCAUAAGUAUUGGAUUUGCACAGAUACUUGGGGUCUUCCUUUGCUAUGUGCUGCUGAGAGUGCUUAAAGAAGACUACGCGAACUUGUGAGCCAUCAAAAGGCGCAUGAAACAAUGUGUGGAUUUUUAUGGGUUUUCCUGGUCUGUUUUGAUGCUACUUUUAAGAAGACCGAUGUUGCUUGAAGGUGUUUAAACAAUGAACUGACUGACUUCCCACACGAAGCUGUAGAUGCUUCUCGGCUACAGUGCCAGCUUCUUUAUGAGUGAGCAAAAGUGUGGGCUUCUUAUAAAGCCUUUAUUGCCGCCUUUUAGGAUGGAAGGUGGAUGGAGCUGGAGGGGACCCAUGUCGUAAUGCCAGAACUGGUAAUGGAUGUGAUUCCAAGUUGAGGAAUAUUCUAACUUUUGCCACUCAUUUAAGUUCUUCUAACGCUUGCGUCCGAGAUUCUAAUUUAUCAAACAAAGCAGUAGCUCAAACUAGA